AUGUUCGCUUCCACCAUCUGUCGGCGGCGGCUCCUCCGCCUCUGCCAAAUCCCCUCCGCCGCCUGCACAAACCCCAGCGACGCCCUCUCCCACGGACACUCCUCAGCAACCCUCGCGGCCGCCCCCGUCUCCGAGCCCUGUCCCGCCACUGUCUCUUACCUGCUCUCCUGCGGACUCUCCCCCGCCGCCGCGGCCGCCCACAAGCUCCCCAUCCGCUCCACCGCCAAGGCCGACGCCGUCCGCGCGCUCUUCCGGAGCUACGGCUUCACCGACGCGGAGAUCGCCGACCUAGUCCGCCGAUUACCGCUGAUCCUCAUCCUCGACCCCAACCGUAUCCUCCGCCCCAAGCUUGUCCUCUUCGCCUCCCUCGGCGUCAAGCCGCGGAAGCUCGCCAGCUAUCCUAUCCUCCUCACGCGCAACCUCGACACGCACCUCGUCCCCUGCAUCCAGUUCCUCCGCAGCAUCCUCGGCACCGAUGAGGACGUCUGCCUUGCCAUCUCGCGCACCCCACGCGCCCUCAUGGCCGACUUGGAGAAGAGCAUGCACCCCGCCGUGGACACCCUCCGCUGCCUCGGGCUCCCCGAGGAGUCCAUCUCGAAGCUAGUCAUCAUCGAGAUGGGCGUGCUCAUGAUCUCGCCCGAACGCAUAUGCCAGAUCUUCGAGGGCCUCAAGGAGUUCGGCUUGGGCGUAACGGAGAAGGGCUUUCUUUACGGCAUCCGCGCGUAA